GCGUGAAAUGCUUUAUGGUAACCGGAGAUCAUCCGUCGACGGCGGCAGCAGUUGCGAGUCAUUUUGGACUAAUCGCGCAACGAACAUCUAUUAAUAUGGAAGUGGAAAAAGAGCGUGAUCAGUUAUCAGUAAUUCACUGCGAGAAGCUGAAUACCCUGAGCGAUCAAGAAUGGGAUGAUAUCCUGAAACAAAAAGCUGUUGUGUUUGCGCGUGCUACACCUUCUCAUAAGCUGAUCAUUGUCAAGGAAUGUCGGCGUCGAGGCGAAGUGGUAGCGGUGACUGGGGACGGAGUCCUGGAUGCGCCAGCACUCAAGGAAGCCGACGUUGGAAUCGCUAUGGAAGCAGUUGGAAGUGCUUUUGCGAAAGAAGCGGCAGAUAUGGUAUUCAGGAAGAGCGAUAUAAAACAUCUUGUAGAGGGUAUCGAAGAGGGACGAUUGCUGUAUGCUAAUUUAAAGAAAACUAUUGCAUACACAUUGGCUCAUAUGGUUCCAGAACUCUGUGCUGUAGUGUUUACAUUCGCUUUCGGAAUCCCAAUAGGCCUCAGCAGUCUACAGGUACUGUCAAUUGAUCUAAUAACAGAAAUGCCACCCUCAAUUGCGCUCACUUAUGAAACUCGGGAAAAGGAUAUAAUGUUGAGGGUGCCGAGGAAGAAAACUUCGAAGCUGGUCUCACGAGCACUGCUUACUUAUUCGUAUAUUUUUGUGGGCAGCAUUAUAUCGGUUGGAUGUUUCGCUGCCUAUUUAGCCGUUUUUUGGCACUACAGUAUAACACCGCGAGAGUUACUUUAUUCGAAUACAAACUAUUGGCACCCGACUUCCGAAGAAUUUAUCACUUCGAGCGGGGAAAGAUAUGCUGCAGAAAUGCAAAUGGCAAUUCACGGACAGGCGCAAGCUGCUUGGCAUAUCACUCUGGUCAUGUCACAGGUCUUUCACUUUUGGAUGUGCACCACCAGGCGGAUUUCAAUUUUUGAACAUGGCAUUCACAAUAUUGUUGCCGUAUUUGCUGUGUUGGUUGAAAUUUGCCUGUUAAGUUUUGUAAUUUAUACGCCAGGUGUUCAAGAUUGGCUCGGCGUUACACAUCCGCCAAUAUUCGUUUGGCUGUUCUGCUUACCGGUCGGCAUUCUACUUAUAAUUUUCAAUGAGGUAUUGUUGAUAUUUUUGUAACU